AUGGUAAUUGGGGAAAGUGUUACUACUAUGACGUUUAGAGGUUAUGAAUGGAUCCAGUAUAAAUUGUAUAACAGAAAAGAAGAUAAACUAUUUUCUGAUCAGAAUAGAAUAUCUCUUGAAUUUAAGACUGGUCGUGGAUCUGGUAUAUUAUUAUAUGCUGUUGGUGGUACACCUUAUCAUACCCAUGUUACAGCUACAUUACGUAGUGGUAAAUUACAUACAUCUAUAUCAUUUGGUGAUACUACUAAUGAUCUAGAAUUUACAAUGGGUCUACAGCUAGAUAAUAACAGAUGGCACAAUUUAACAAUAGUACAUAAUAAACGUGAUAUAUUUGUAUAUUUGGAUGGUGAUAAGAAAUAUAAAGAAGUAACAGCUGAUCAAUAUUUCCUCAGUUUAGAUCCUAAUGUAUACAUUGGAGGUGGUGAUAAUUUUGUUGAAACAAGAGGUUUACAAGUAACAAGAAGUUUUGUUGGCUGUUUACGUAAUGUAUAUUUCAAUGAUGAUUCCGUGCUUCAUAGUCUGAAAACAGGGAAAGAUAACUGUGAAUAUCAAGGGGGACGUUCAGCCCAAUAUGGAUGUGAUGCAGUACAAGAAAUACCUAUUACAUUUCCUAUAGCUGGUUCAAUGUUACAAUGGGAUGUACCAAGAGAGAAAGAGUUAUCUGUAUCAUUUAGAUUCCGUACAGUACGAGAAGUAGCAGUAUUAUUUAGUAUAGAACUAUUAGCUAGAGAUGGUCUAGGUGGUUAUGAAUAUGGAUAUCUUGAGGUAUGGGUAAAAGAUGGUAAACCAUUCCUAGAUUUUGUACCAUCCACUAGAAAUAAAGAGAGUUUCCGGGAGAAUCAGUCGAUACCAAGUUUAGUUAAUAAUUCACAAUGGCAUACUUUAGAUCUGUCAUUACAUUCCAGUCAAGCCAAAUUAAAGGUGGAUCAAGUUUCUAUUCGUACCAAUGUAUACAGAAAGACAUUAGAACACCAGGGUAAACUUGUAUUUGGUUAUGGUAUUGGACUACGUAGGUAUAAAAGAUCAGAAGGAUUCGUAGGAUGUAUUGAAGGAUUAGUUAUACAAGGAAAGUCUAUAGAUCCUAUCAGUAUUAUGGAGAGUGAUAGAGCAGUAGGUUUAGUAUUAGAUGGAUGUAACCUAAUAGAUUAUUGCAGCAAUAAUAAUAUAUGCCAACAUGGUAGCAUAUGUUUAUCAGAUUGGGAUGGUGUUAGAUGUGAUUGUUCAGAACAUUAUGAAGGAAAAGCUUGUCAUUUUCCAAAAUAUCCCAGAACAUGUGAUGAAUAUUUUCAAUCAGGAAGGAAUAUGUCUGGUAUUUAUAUGGUAGAUUUAGAUGGUAGUGGACCAUUAUUACCAGCUCAUGUUGAAUGUCAGAUGGGUAAAAUACAUGAUCAACAUGAAUAUGGAGAAACAAUCAUAGAACAUAACUUUCAUCCCAAUACCACAGUUAGACAGCCAUCAUUUGCUGAUAGACAAUAUCAUCUCUCUUAUAGGGGAAUGUCAGCUGCUCAACUAUAUGCACUAACAACAGUUUCUGCUAAAUGUGAACAGUAUAUUAAAUAUGAAUGCUACAGUUCACCUAUGGAACUAGGUAAGAAGACUUGGUUUAAAGCAGCUAAUGGUGAGAUAGUAGAUUAUAUAGGGUCUAAUAGAGCUGGUUUCUGUAAUUGUUUACCUGGUGAAGAAAUGUGUUCAGGUGAACGCUGCUAUUGUGAUCGUGGUUUAAAAAAAUGGGACCAAGAUUCAGGUAUUAAUAAAAAUAAAGCUCAGUUACCACUAACAGAAGUUACAGUAUUACAAUAUCCUACUGGUACCGGAAACCUUACUAUUGGUCAUCUUAAAUGUUGGGGCAGUGUCCAAGUUCCAUUAGAUAAGUCUAUCACUUUCAUUAAAAGUUCCAGUUAUGUAAUGCUACAUUCCUGGAAGUCUGGAGAUUUACGUAUUAAUAUAAAAACAGAUCAAACUAAUGCCUUGAUUCUCUAUCAAACACCAGGCAAAGGAAUGGGAAAUAAAUUUUGUAUAAAAAUAAUAUCUGCUAAUGAAGUUCAGUUUCAUUUUGUGAUUAAUGGUAAAUCUAUAUUAAAGACUAUAUACACACCUAUCUCAUUUGAUACUGGAGAAUGGCAUACCAUUAUAGUUGAACAUGAUAAAUAUAAUCUUAGAUUAUCAGUAGAUCAGAGUCGUAGUUUAUAUACAUUACGUUCUGAUAUAGAUGAUUUAAUAGAUUUCUCUGAUGGUAUUUUAUAUAUUGGUGGAUUGCCUGAUGGUAUUGCUGGUGAACUAGGAGAAACAGGACCAGGUUUAACAGGGUGUGUACGAGGGUUUGUGUAUAAUAAUAAAGAGAAAGAUCUAUCUAGAUUAAUAGAUGGUAGUAUGACAGGUGUUACUACUGAUUGUAUGUCAUCAUGUUGGCCCAAUCCUUGUCUAAAUGGGGGUGUUUGUGAAGAGAACUGGGGAUCCUAUAACUGUAUUUGUGCCAAUAAAUGGAUUCAUUAUGGAAAUGAUUGUGAAAGAGAUAUAAAUCGUGAUGCAGUGACAAUGUCUGGUACAGUAACAUCAUUUAUGGUAUUUGAUUCAUCUGAAUAUCCUGAAGCCUUACAUCAAACUAUUAUAUUUAGUUUCCGAACAUUUAAACGGGAGGCAAUGAUACUAUACAUACAUGAUGAAAUGAAUAAUUUUAUACAGUUUGAACUACAGAAAGGAACCAAGUUGAUUAUAAGUUAUAAUAAUUUUAAUGAAGUUAUUAGAGAAACUAUUACAUUUGAUAUUGAGCAUAAAUUAAGUGAUGGUAAAUGGAAACAAGUAAUAGCAGAAAUUAUAGGUGAUUCUACUAGAUUACAAGUUGAAGAUAAAACUCUAUUAAUACAAUAUCCUAGAUUAAAGUUACGCAAUUAUAAUACAUUCCCUUAUAAAGAAAGUCGUAUUCCAGAAUCAGUAUUUUUACCAAGACCUUCUGAAAAACCAGUUCCAUUUGUUCAUCUUUAUGUUGGUGGUGUUCCAAAAGGUGCAACUACUCUACCUACCUUUGAUGGCUGUUUACGUGGUUUGAAGAUUGGAAAGAGAAUAUAUAAUUUGAGGGAACAAGGCGUAAAAGCCAAAGCAGGUGAUGUUACUACUGCAUGUGAAACUGGUUGUAUAGAAGAUAGAUGUUUAAAUGGUGGAUAUUGUACUGAAUAUUUUAAACUGGGACAAUAUGAUUGUGAUUGUACUGAAACUGAUUAUUCUGGACAACAAUGUCAAAUAGAGCCCUCUGGUAAAUUUGAUGGUAAUUCAGUGAUAGAACAGAAGUUUAGAUUACCAUUAAUAGAUCAACGUAGUUUAUCAGAACAAUUGUCUUUUACCUUUAUAUCAGACGGUGUUGAUCCUAGUCUGUAUGUUAAAGGAGAAAUUAUAGAAAUGGCUAUGAUUUAUGUUACAAGUUCUAAAAAGAAAGAUUAUUUACUGGCUAAAUUAGAACAAGAUGGUUCGGUCAUGAUAGAAACUAAUCAAGAAAUUGGAAUUUAUCGUAUGAAGAUUCCAGUAGAUUUUGCUAAUGGUAAAGCUCAUGAAUUGAGAUAUAAACGUGAUGGUUCAGAUAUGUUUGUCACAGUUAUACCAUAUGAUAAAAAAGGAUUUCCCAUUAUUGAUGGUAUAGAAGAAGCCACCAUGAAUUAUGCUGCGUUUGAUUUAGAUGAUAUAGAUUCUAUUUAUGUUGGUGGUAUGGCACAACAAACAGAUGAUUUUUACAGUGUUGUCAAUUUUACAGGCUGUAUCUCCAAUGUAGUCUAUACACCAUCUAAAACCUCCUCGAUUAGAAUACGUCCAUUAAAAGAUUUUUAUACUAAUAGUUCUGAUAUAAAAGUACUGGGUAACAGUGUAUCAACUUGUUCUGAUAAACGUCCUAAUAUAUAUGGUAAAGUUAGUCGCACACCAAACCCUCCACCAGAUGAGUUCACAGAUUUUGAGUCAGUGACAAUGCCGGAAUGGAAUAUUGGACCAGCUAAAGUAGAAAUAAUUGGUGGAAUACCGAUACCACCAACAGAUAUAAUAGUAACUACACAAUCACUAAUCUUACCUAAAAAUAAUACCUCAACUUUAUUAACAGAUUAUAGUGUUGAUAAUAUGACUAUAGUUAUUACAGCAUGUAUUAUAGCAUUAUGUUUAAUACUAGCUAUUAUAAUAGCGUUAUUAUUGGUAAGACGACGUAGAAGAUUAGGUGAAUAUGAAUUAAAGAAAAAAAUAGUAAUGGAUGGUGUAGAUGGUGAUUUAGAUGCUAAAGUUCCAUUAAAUCAUGUGACAUCUACUCCAGUUCCUCAUGACCAUCUAGCUAAACUUGAUGAAUUUAGUAUGGUUUCAGCUACUCUUGGACCUCCAAAAAUGAGGAAUAAUGUAGCUAAUGACCAGCAAGCUAACAGAUUUAGUCAAGGAAGUUUUCCUAUGAUAGAUGAUGAAACAGCGUUUUCUAGUGCUAUAUAUAAUAAACGUAAAAAUAGACCAGCUUCUUCUAUAUCCGAAGUCUUAGAGGAAUUAGAAAGGCGACAGAAAAAUAUUAAAGAUCCCAGCACAGAUGAAAUAUGUAAAGAGUUAGAAGAAAAUCUUAAAAGAGAAUUAGAAUUAAAUCGUGCCCAUGGGGAGGGAGAAUUAGAAUGGGACCCACAAAUAGAUAAGGCACCGUUAACUUAUGGAGAAAUAACUUUUUUCAACAGCCCUUUAUUAUUGAGUAUUCCUGAUGAGCUUGAAGAAUUAGAAAUGUCCCCUAGUUCUUCAAUACACAGUCUAGAGAAAAAGGAAGAGGACGAUAUAGUAACGGAAGGAUCAGAAAAUCCUAACAGUAAUGGUGAAUAUAAUGGUGAUAGUGGGUAUGAGGCUGAGUCAUCACGACCUGAAGGUUUAGAAUCAAUAGAUGAUAGUGCUACUCCAGAUACAACUAUAGACGAGUCUCCUACAAAAUUAUACUAUGAUAUUUCUGGUAUAGAGUUACAAGACUCUCCAAAUUUAUCUGUACAUCAAAAACUUUUACCUGCAGAGACCAGAACGGUUUUGUUACGAAAAGCAUGUUAUCUACAAGUUUAG